CUCACCCCACUUUCCGUUUUAGAUUGCCUUCAAAGUGGAACCCGGCCGCAGCCCUGCAGAUACAGCACCAAUGUGCAUCUUGGAAACGCUCCCGCAAUGUGUUUAGAUACUGUAAAAACCCAAUGGUGCCUUAAACACGUCUUUGCUUGUUUUAUCUUAUAUAAAAACUCGGAAAUGUUGCACUAAAAUCAUUUCCUUUCCAAAGCAAGAGAUUUAUAGAAGGAGGUCAUUACAUUAUUGGGCUAAACGCUGUUUAACUAUAUUAUUUUGGACAAUAAAUUAUCUCAUUAAGUUUUUUAUAUAUAUAUAUAAAAACAGAAUCUUUUAAAAGGAAGAGGUGGUCUGAUUUUCCCAAAUAAAUGCUUUAAAUUAGUAUCACGCCUGAGUCACGUCACAGCCACAGUGUAUUCGAUUACACUGCCAUAACAUGUCUUGACAAAAAAAAUCCAGCGUUUAUUGCUUAUAAAACGAAAUAUUUCCCAAUAAAGGCGCGGGGAUUUGCUAUUAAAAUCUGGUGGGGGAAAAUGGUGGCCAUUUAGUUGAGCAGCAGGCUGAUUUAUUAUUUAUUGUUCUGUCCCACGGUCACGUGUUUGGGGCGCCCUAUCCAGUCUUGGGCAAGGUUCAACUAACUGGACGCAUUGAGCUGCAAGCUGGUGCAGGAACGCAGCACAUUAUAUCAUGCAAUGAAUCUGCUUUUUCUGAAGAUUGCAGGACUCUAACGCGAUAUAGUUUUUUUUCCUGCCUCUUUUGCAAUGUCGACGCUGGGGACGAGUUAUUACGUGGACUCGCGUGUUCUUCCCGAGCAGGAAGAUAUGGCACCGAGGUACUCAUCAGCUGCAGGGGUGGAGCAGGCGGUGCUCACCGAAUAUGGCGGACAGGAGUCUUGUUCUUUGCAGACGAAAUCUUCUAUUUUUGGUGGAUCUUGGAGUCCCAUCUCGGCCCACCCUCCGAACACAGCCACCCCGACCUACAUACAUCACCAUUACACGAGCAGCGGGGACAGCGAUGGCAUGUUUACGCGCUCCUGGGCGAUGGACCCGGUCUCUGCGUCCCUGUGUUUAACGGGAUUACCGUCGGCAGCCAUGCACUAUGAGAUCAAACCCGAGCCUCUGAUUGGGAGUGCUGAAUGUACAACUUUGGAGACGCACACACCUCUUUUGUCUGACAUUGAAAACGGCGCUUCCCUUACGGAGCUUCCGUGCGAAACCACAUCCACGUCUAAAACCAUUGACGACAGCCCGUCAGCAGAUGGGAAGAGGGAGAUAGAAGCAAAUAAUCCAUCGUCCAACUGGCUUCACGCGAAGCCCACCAGAAAAAAACGCUGUCCAUACACAAAGUACCAAAUCCUCGAACUGGAAAAGGAGUUUCUGUUUAACAUGUACCUCCCGCGGGAUCGUAGAUACGAGGUAGCGAGAGUCCUGAAUUUGACCGAGAGGCAGGUGAAAAUCUGGUUUCAGAACCGCAGGAUGAAGAUGAAGAAAGAAAACAAAGACCGGCGGAGAGACAGUUAACUGGGUUUUUGAACUGAUGGUGAAUUUAGUGUCUGAGGGGGA